GACUUCUUCAAGAAAUUCCUCUACGAGCCCCUGCCCGUGGAGUCCCACCUGGACCACUGCAUGCACGACCACUUCAACGCUGAGAUUGUCACCAAGACCAUUGAGAACAAGCAGGAUGCAGUGGAUUACCUCACCUGGACCUUCCUCUACCGCAGGAUGACCCAGAACCCCAACUACUACAACCUCCAGGGGGUGUCCCACAGGCAUCUCUCAGAUCAUCUCUCUGAGCUGGUGGAGCAGACCCUGAGCGACCUGGAGCAGUCCAAGUGCAUCAGCAUUGAGGACGAGAUGGACGUGGCUCCUCUGAACCUGGGCAUGAUUGCUGCCUACUACUACAUCAACUACACCACCAUCGAGCUCUUCAGCAUGUCCCUCAACGCCAAGACCAAGGUGAGAGGCCUGAUUGAGAUCAUCUCCAACGCUGCUGAGUAUGAGAACAUCCCCAUCAGGCACCACGAGGACAACCUGCUGCGGCAGCUGGCCCAGAAGGUUCCCCACAAGCUGACCAACCCAAAAUUCAACGAUCCCCACGUGAAGACCAACCUGCUGCUGCAGGCCCACCUCUCCCGCAUGCAGCUGAGUGCUGAGCUGCAGUCAGACACCGAGGAGAUCCUCAGCAAGGCCAUCCGGCUGAUCCAGGCCUGUGUGGACGUGCUCUCCAGCAACGGGUGGCUCAGCCCAGCACUGGCUGCCAUGGAGCUGGCCCAGAUGGUGACCCAGGCCAUGUGGUCCAAGGAUUCCUACCUCAAGCAGCUGCCUCACUUCACCUCAGAGCACAUCAAGCGCUGCACGGACAAGGGGGUGGAGAGCGUGUUUGACAUCAUGGAGAUGGAGGACGAGGAGCGCAACGCGCUGCUCCAGCUCUCGGACGCCCAGAUCGCCGACGUGGCGCGAUUCUGCAAC